AUGAGUGCCCAAUGCCAAGAGCUCAAUCGACUCUUUUCGCAGUGUGUCGACGGCAAUCGGAUAAAGAUCCCUGACAAGCUACGCACUGCACCAAAGCCGACACCUGAUACGCCGCCAUUCAUACUCGAUGUCCUCCAUGACGAUGCAGAAGCCUGGAUCCGUCGGCUGGGCCUCACGGAGGUUGGCGAUUUGACGGGAUAUGAUAUUGACGCUAUUCAGCUCUUGUUUAGUCGAGAAGAUGUCGCAAUUGGGGAGUUUGAGUGUGUCAAACUCGCAUAUGCCUGGUGCGUCAAGAACAACACGUCGUUUGAGAGCCUUCUUCAUCUCUUCGACUUCAACAUUCUCACAGCAGAUCAAAAAGUAUGGGUCCUUGCUCAUGUACCAGGGUCAGCAGCCACCACAGCACUGGUUCAGAAUGCUCUAUGCUCAUCCGGCAUCCUUCAACCGAGAGAGCUCCAAAGAUUCCACUUGGACUACCCUGGUAUCAAAUGGAAGAGAACAUACGACUCGUCGAUCGAUCGCCUCGCAACGUUUCACGACGCUGUUGCGACAAACCUAGAGCUAUUCCAGCGUACGCUCAUCGUGUUCCAACCUGACGAGCGGUUAUCCCUUGCAAUCUACAUCCCCAAGAAGAUUGAGCGCUCUCAAGACUGCGUCAUCAACGACACUGGGCGCCUCUUUGCGUUCCCCCAUUCACAAGGCCCACAAAGACAAUCCCGACUCUCACUACCGACCAAGAUGCAGUAUCAGCUAUACUGUGACGGAAAAGUCUUUCAGCUUUUUGAGAAGCAGCGAAACAGCACGUGGGUAUUUAUUGAUCGACCAGGAAACAAUGAUCAAGGCUACUGCGAUGAGAAGAACAAAGGUGAUAGACGCAGAAAAAGGCAAGCUGUGGUUGGUCGGGGUGAACAGGCUGAAGUUACCGCGAGCAUUGCGCUAGACAAGUUCAGUAAGGGACUUCAAACCCAUAUUGGGAAAGUGAAUGGUUCUCCCAUCACAGCUGCAGAAAUCUACGUCAUCAGCAAUCGCGACGUAGCCUCAAUGCGUAACCUCGAUCUUUGGCUAGAACAGAUCGAUACAACAGAGACAAUGCCUCUGUUCUCCGAGGAACCCAAAGAUUACUCUGUACCCAGUCUGACCGAUGUGUUAUCACCUUCGGAUCCAUCGUGGCUCAUCGAGAUCGUAAAAGGCAACGACAUGUCCGCACUCACACGAUUGGAGUUAUUAGAGCAAUACCAAAAGGUCUUCAAAUUGGCCCGAGAAACCAGCGACAAACAGUUUCUUACGCGGUGCUUUGAAUAUAUUUUGAGCAAUAUUGAAAAAGUUAUUGUCGACCACAAAGAGCUGCUGAACGCGAUGUUACAGGUUCUGACCACUGAGCCGACACUGGCUAUAACUUUCAUACCAUUUUUGUCUUCGUCUCGCUCGGGCAAGAACCCAGACCUGGUGGUACUGCUGGAGGCAUCUCUCUUGCCGAUUGUGCGGGCAUUCAUCUUGUCCGCCAACUCCAUGGGCCAGCUUAUCUUGGAGCCGCUCAAGAGCAUCUUUUCCGCUAUCACCCCUGGAUGCUUAUCGCUCCUUGACCUCGCGACGCUUCUGGAACUUACAUCGUUGACUAUUCGAUCAACGGACCUGGCACUGGAUAUCUUUCUGGAUUGUCUGCAACCCAACGCGUCUCACUUCAUGGUAACCGACCCAAAGAUAACCAACCAUUUAUUGCGAAACAUGAUCUUCAUUGCUACGGAUCACAUUGAAGAAGCCGGCAAUGUCGCGAAGCGACUGCAGGGCCUUUAUGAAUUGAAGCUAUCGCCAAAAGACAAGAAGGGGAAUCUGAUAGAGAUCGACUUCAGAAUCGACGCGACAGGAACGCCGAAGAAGGGAUCGCACGUGAGGCUGACAAUAGCGUCACUGCCAUCAAAUGUGUUGGUGGGAAACAACUGUUCCAUUGAUGCAUUGGUAACAAUGUCCGAAACUGGGCGAGCGCGGUUCGAGUGCCUCCAUCCACUCCCGCCUUACUUCAAAGACUGUUCCUGGGUCUUGGAAGACUGCAGCCCAUUCGUCACGUCCAAGUCCAUGAUAGACGCCGUCAAAGAUCUUUGCAUCUACCAAGAAGAUUUCUGCGGUGUCGCAAACAUCAUUUUCGGUCUUCCAUCCCCCGACAUUCCACGACCAGACCAUUCCUUCAGCAGGAUUGAGAGACUGAACGAGAGCCAGAACCAAGCUAUAAAGUUAGCAUUGAACAGCUCGCUGCUUUGUCUUUGGGGCCCGCCUGGCACUGGAAAGACUGAGACGAUUGUUGAAAUGAUUUGUGCAUUACAGACAGCUAAUCCCAAGGCACGUGCUUUGGUGACGGCGCCGACACAUAAUGCAGUGGAUAACGUGAUGAGACGGUAUAUUCAACGUCUCCAGAAGCAACCAUUGGCUAGAAAGACGCAACCCGAUCUAGUACGAGUUUCAACAGAGGUGCGCAAGGUUGCUGAUGAUCUACGAAAGUAUACAUGCGACGCCAUGGCAGGGCAGGAGAUUCACUCCGACCACAAGGCUAUGAAGAAGGCCAUGGAAAUGGUCAAACGGAGCAACACGAUUUUCACCACCUGUAUCGGAUCAGGCAUCGGACUGAUUCGCUCAGAGUACUUCGACAUCGUGAUUGUCGAUGAGGCUUCUCAGCAAACGGAACCGAGCUCAAUCGUCCCACUCGUCAAGGGCUGCUCACAGGCUAUUCUGGUCGGAGACCAUGUACAGCUACGACCGACUGUCAAUCAGACUGCGUUAGCACUCGACUUUGACGUUUCACUCUUCGAAAGACUCUACACAGAUGCCAAAGACCCCAAGGGUAACGAUGGUUUGAGGAGGUUGAUGCUAGAUACGCAGUAUCGUAUGCAUCCAAAGCUAUGCGAGUUCAGCUCAGGACAGUUCUACGAGGGAAAAUUGAAGUCGGGCAUCACCAGCUCGGCAAGACCGCCUAUCAAUUCUGACUUUCCAUUCCCCCCCGCAAGGGCGACGAAUCAGAAAUGA